GGGGCUACGGCCAGGGAGACGGGAAAGGACGCAGGGUGCGGGGGAGUGGGGCAGGGCCAUGCAGGGGGCUCACCAUCCUUCUGGGUCUCUGGUCGUUGAGUAACUGGCCCUUCCCCAGCUUCUCUCCCCUGUUCUCCAGGGGAGCAGGGUCAGGGUCUGUCCUACCCUAGAUGCUGCCAAGCCAGCUGUGUCCUCAGCAUGACCCCCAGUAAGACUGGAGAGAGGGUGACAGGUGGGCUGCGGGCACUCUGCAAAUCAGGCCCAUGUCACCAGGUGCUCACUGCCUGAGCCCAGACCAAGGAAGGCUUGAGGACUUCAAAGACACGCAAGGGCCCUUUGUUGAGGCCAGAAUGAUUUCCUGGAGGAAUGCCCUAGAGGCUGACCCCUCCCAAGGGGGCUUGGGGUAGGGGGAGUCCCAAUACAGAGCUGGUGGCCUAAUAGCAGGAAGAACCACCGUGGGUUGCCACCCAUAGAUCGUUCUGUUUCCAUGGGAAUUGUUUGCCUCCCUUGGAAUCUGUGGUGCAUGCUGCAGCUCACUAAAUCCAAACCAAAGAUCUGUUUCUUAUCUCUACCCCGUCAUUGCCUGGCUCCAGGGACGACUUGCCCCAGCGACCUGGAGGCAAUUACAUUCCUGGAGUAAAGCAUGUUAAUCAUUGUGUCUAGAAACUUGUCAACCCACUCGAGAAUGUGAUGCCUGAUCAAUAAAUAUGAGAGGUGCCGUUCCAGCACCACUCUAGAGCUGGUGUGCCUCGAGUCCCCUGGCUGGCCCACUCAGGUCUUCGGUAUCUCAUCGCGUCGCCUCCUUUGUCUGUGGGUUGGAGACGGGGAGGAGGCCGACAGACCACUAUGAGCCAGGGUUGGAUGGCGCUCCGUGAAUCUCCCCUAUAAGUAAGCAGUCCAGAGAUGUGGGGCGCACCUGGGCAUAUCCUCUAUUACAGCCUUCCCCUCACCACUCUGGGAGGCAGUGGGACCCUUGGCAACACCCUGACGGCUGCAGAACCCCAGGACCGCGAGCUGUGAGCCCGCAGCGAUGGCGGCCCCCCGGCACCCGGUGUCGGUGCGCGCAUCUGCUCUGGUGCAGACAGCGCGGUUCCAGACGUUCGCCUUCUCUGUGCGCUGGUCCGACAACAGCAACACCUUCGUGCGCAGGAGCUGGGACGAAUUCAGGGGGCUCCAUAGGACGCUGAAGGAGAGCUUCCCGGUGGAGGCAGGCCUGCUGAGGAGAUCCGACCGCGUUCUCCCCAGGCUUCCCGACGCCUUGCUGCUGUUGCGCCGAGGGCGCGUGGGCCGCGGCUUGGAGCGCCUGCGGCUGCUGGAGGACUAUCUGCGGACGCUGGUGGCGCGCGUGUCCCGGAGCCCAGUGCUCACCGACUUCCUUGCGCCGCACGCCCUGGACCUGGAGCCCGCCCUGCCUCCCGGCAGCCUGGUGAUCCUGCCCGCACCGGAGGAGCCCCCAGCGCACCCCGCUGGCAGCCCUUCCAUCCGUGGCCUGGAGCCCCAAAGCCUGCGCUGCCUGCAGCCCUUCCACACGCGGGACACGCGGGGUCGGCCGUUCCACGCGCAAGCCCAAGAAGCCCUAGAUGUGCUGCUGCGACACCCCUCAGGAUGGUGGCUGGUGGAGAACGAAGGCCGGCAGACUGCAUGGUUUCCGGCUCCGUACCUGAAGGAGGCGGGCCCGGGACCUGGAAGGGACAGAGAGCUGUGGACCCUGGCCUUUGGUCCUUCGGCAACGCCUAAAUGCCCACUCCCAGGGUCCCAGUUCUGUGCUUCCCGGGCCUACGAGAGCAGCAACGCGGACGAGCUUUCGGUGCCCGCGGGGGCACGUGUUGACGUGCUGCUAACGUCAGACCGUGGCUGGUGGCUGUGCAGGUUCGGCGCCCGCACUGGUCUCCUUCCCGCCCUGCUGCUGAGGCCUGACUGGCUGGGUGCGGUCCUGGGCAUCUCAGGGCUCCACCUCUGGGCUGACGGCAGUGCCAGCAAGGUCGGAAGGUCCCUGGAGUCCACACAGGCCACGACCCUUACCCCUGCCGUGCCCGUCAGACCCACGCUGGGGUUAAUUCAAAGCCGCUGUUGUACCAUUACCAGGAGGGUGCUGGGGCGGGACUCAGGGGGUCAGGGACCCCCUUGAAGGUGUGUGGAACCAAAUGGGGGGCCCUGCUGUGCACCGUAGGGCGUGACUGGUAGCAGCCAUCCCAUCCCAUCCAUGCUGGGCGGGAGAGCACCUGAGGUGGGGGUCUCCAGCUGGUACCGUUUCCCCCCAGUAAACCUCUCCUGAUGA